AUAGCACUGAAUUGCCUGGGAGGUCUGUACAGCUAAGGAUAUGGCGGGACUAGAUUUUCGAGAUCUACAUGAUUUUAAUAUUGCAUUUUCUGAUAAACAAUUCUGAAGACUAAUCAAAUUUCUGUCGUCUUCUGAAAGAAAGACAUGGUUCCCAAAAUCGAGAAAACGUAUUAACCAUCAUUUGCAUGGCGUAAUAUCAUGGCAGCAAAAUCUCUAUUAAAAUCGAGUUUGCGGAAAACCAUUGGAUCCGGUCGAGAUACGAGGGUUUGAAGUGAACCUCGGGUCCCAGACGCUGCUGCUCGACCACCUAGAUUUGCCGACCACAUUAUUUAUAGAUUGUCUCAACUCUUUGUUCAUUCCUUUAUAAUAGCUUUGUUCGUUCCUCAAACGCCAGCGUCGCGGGCAGCGACAAUAAAUAACAAGCAUGAGAGAGAAAUAGUGAUGCAUCAUUGUUAUAUGAUUGUCGCCGGUAACUGCCAUCGGUAGCCUUUUCACCAUUUUUAUCGCCGCUGUAAAUUUCAGCAGCUCACGCGUGUAUUAUGUGCCACUAGCGUUCAGUUUUUGCAUCUUCAGAUUCAGAAUUUUGACUUGAUGUUUUUAAAAUAAAUAUUUUGAUAUUAUUUCAAAGGGCUAUAAGUCUUGAGUCAAAACAAGAAUUAAUGCAGUUUCUUGAAACACCAAGAAUACGAUAAUUUGUUUCCGAAUAUAUAACAAAAAUAAGUAAAUUUGUUACUCUAGAGGAAAGCAAUAUAAACAUUUCCACAGUCCAUGAAUACGAUCACAGACCAAAUACAUGCAUUCAAACGUAACAUUGUUAUUUAGUCAUCCUCAAAUAUAUUUACAUUUUUGUUAGCAUCUAUAAAUAAAGAACCAAUAUGCAUGUUAAAUUCAAUCCAACAACCCAUUUUAAUCUACAUAGCAAUGGCUUUCUCUAAUAUGCCUCAUUGCAUAUUGAUGUUUAUGGUCUCAUUUUUCAUUCUUACUCUUUUUGUUGCAGCGUUAGAUGUCUCAGAUUCUCCGGCGGAAGCACCAGGACCAGGAUCAGGCGGUGACGGCUUCUGGCCUCUAGCAAAAAAGCAUGUCGUAAUCCACAACGUUGUAAGCAACAAGCAAACUCUGAAUGUACAUUGCAAUUCUAGUGACGAUGACUUGGGGUUGAUCCAUAUCCGUUGGAAUCGUUACUGGGGUUUCCGAUUUCGUGUUAACAUUUGGGAAACUACAAGGUUUCGUUGUCAUUUUACGUGGUCCGGAGGCGGAUCUCACUAUUUUGAAAUAUUUAAUGUAUGGAGAGACGAUAACGAUUUUGGGAAGUUUCCAGCCUGUAGUGAUUGUAUUUGGGAUGUGGGAAGAGACGAAAAAGACCAAGCUAUGUGUCGUCUAAGUGAAGAUUCUUCAGAUCCUUAUUGUUUCCCAUGGGACGAUGUAUUAAAAGUAUAAGAAAAGAAGAAACUUCUAUUGCUAUCUAUAAUCUAAAAAAUGUUACCGCCGUAAUAGAUUGUAAUAAUACAAUAUCAUUCGUAAUGUUCGAAUACUUCAAAAAGUUCUCUUUGAAAAAAUGGUUUUAGUUUACCGUUGAUGCUAAAACAAUAAAUGUAAAGGAUGGUUAAAAGUUACCAAGAGUGCUAUAAUAUUGUAGAAAUUUUGAAAAAUCAGAAAAGUUGGAGUUUCCCAUCCGAAGAAUAUUGGUAAGAUCAUGCUGAAGAAGCAAUCAAAGGCACAAUACCAUCGACAACAAUUGGAGAAACCCAAUUGAAUUUUUGUUUCAUAUCUAAUGGGGUUCUGUUUUUCUUGUCAAAUGAAUUUCACAUCGUUAACGGUUACUUCUACUUCGAGCGGGGAAUUUUGUUUUAACUAAUACUUAAUUAUGCUUAUUUUAAAGUUAACUUUAUAAACUACCUUCAAA